GCCCGUUUCUAUUUUUUGUUGAUGUCACGGCACUGUUUCAGUGUCAGCGCCGUCGGGGGCGAUGCUUGGGCAACGGGGGAUCGCACGGGUGCUGUCAAGAAGAUGGUGGUGCCGAGCCAGAGCUUGUUGCUGGGGUGGUGGGAGUGUGGGGGAUCGAGUGUGUGGGCACUAAGGGGGACACGUUGCAAGAGGGUUUGAAGAGCCCUUGCCAUGGGCCGGUCCAGGCAGACUGGGGUUAGCAAUCCUGAUCGAACGAGGAAGGAUGGUGGCAGAUGUGUGGACGUUCGACGGGCGGGAUCCGAGCAUUGCGAUUUACCAGAGUUUCAGCUGGUUUAUAACUGAUUCACAUCUGAUGGAACCGAUCGAGGGCUUAGUCCUUCGGUCUUUGAUAUGGAGAUGCUGCGGGGUUCUCCUGUCUACGAGCAAUUGUGGGCGGCCUGYGGCGAGAAUUUGCCAGAGCAGCAUGACGAUAGAGUGUCGCGGUGCGAUGGAGCUGACCGCAUGAGGUCUAACGAUGGUGAGAUGGUAUCGCUGCUCAGUGAAUUGGUUAAUGAUUGGAGGGAAGAGAAGGAUCGAAGGCGUGAAGCUGAGGAUUGCCAGUUCAGAGAGGAGCAAGCCCGUUUGGCGAAGGAAGAAGAGAAGAAACGCUUGGAGGAUGAAGAGAUGCGUCAAGCCGAGAAAGAAGCUAGGAUGGCCAGGAUGAUGAACGCUAAGAUGGAGGAGCUAGACAAACAACACCAGGCGAGGAUGGAUGAGAAAAACAAGAGGAUAUGGAAGGAGAUUGAGAAAGUGGUUGGGGAUCCUAAGUGUUCCAGGAAGGGGAAGGAGCAGGUGAUUGAUGAUUUGGACUCUCGCAAGAGGCAGCAGGCAGAGAUGGAAGGCUCUCCUCCUGUUCUCCCUGCUCGAGGCCGAGCGCGCUGUGAGAACCCUCUGAUGACUGCGCUCCCCAAUCUCAGUCCUCUUGACGCCGGUCUGCUUCUUAUGGAGUUGGAUACUGUGAAAAGAACGCAGGAUACGCAAGUUAGUUUGACCUACUGUGGCACGGCCCCUAUUGAGCCUGAGUCUCAUGUAGCCUUCUCUACUUCUUGUCUAGGGGGGAAGGCUAAGGAAUGGGUUUUGGCCGAAGCCAAUGCAGCCGAGUUCGAUGAUAUUGGGGAGUGGGCUAGGACACUGACUCUGAAACGGUUCCUUGGAAAGAUUAAGGAACGUUUCCUUGACAUGACGACGGUUGACAAGGCCUUCGACCAGCUCACGACCAUUGGACAAAAACAUUGGAUCUCGGUGGAAGCUUUAUCCAGGGAGGUUGACCGGUUGCUGCAAGUUCCAGGACUGAACUUGCAAGACAACCAGGUAUUGUACAUAUACUCCCGUGCUCUGCCCGAGCCUGUGCGUGAUCAGCUCGUGGCUGAGUCAAAGUCAGAAGCAGGUAAGCGAGUACUCUGGUGCCAAAACCAUCAGGACCACACCCUCGUCGUCUUUGACGACGAUACUAUGGAGAAGUGGUCAUUGGAGGCCGAGGGUGUGGCAAGCGGCAGUGAUUCCGGAAAGGGGGAUGUCACUGCCGCCAUGGUCAAAAAGGGAGGACCACGAUUAGGAGUAAGGAGGAGACCACGCUCAUUCCCGGAGCAUCCCGGCAUUGCGGCCGGAAAGGCCUGGGAAAAGAUGGAUAUUGACCAAAAGACUUGGCAAGACCGGAUGGACAACGCGCAAUGCCUAAAAUGCGGGACUGCGGGGCAUUGCCGGCGUUUCAGCAUGCCACGCCUGAAUGGUAAGGAUCCGGCGGACUCGUCCAAUGCCGCCAGACAAGCUCACAACACGAAGAGUUUCGACUCGCCGUUCAAGGUUGAUCCGACAAUCGACGGCAAGAGAGACGACCCCGUCUGGCAUUUCAUCGCACGAGGUCGUUAUUUGAAUGGGUUCACUGCGGCGGAUAGAAAGAGUGUUCGCCGCUGUCUGUGCAGGUUGUGCGGCCGUUCGAUGUGCGGGGGCGCUAAGGCCGCCAAGGAACACUUCUCAAAGAGCGAGAAGUUCCGAUGUGAGGUGGCCACUCCUGCAGAGCUUAUCUCACGGUCAUCCAAACUUUCAGUGACCACCGCUACGAUACCCCGAGGACUCAGUGCCGCCCCUCGAUUCCGCCACCGCCCCCUCGGAGACGGUGCCUUCGUCCAGUCCAGCCGUUCGAGUUACAGUGCCGCGUCACACGCCACCACGUCCACCAGCUCCAGCGUCUGCACCGCUGACAGGGAAACAGGGUGCACGUGGUUUACAUGUCGGUUGAUCAUGCGCUUCAUCGUCGAGAGUGGGAUGGCGUUCAACUGCGUUAAGCUUCAAAGCUUCAAACGCAUGUUCGCGAUGAUCAUGCCGUCGGGGGUUCCAGGGGCGCCCACGCCCAAAGUACCCACGUACCACAUGGUGGGCACAUCCCUUUUGGAUGAGCUGGAUGCAGAGGUUCAAAAGUGUGUUCGGCCACUUCUUGACACGGCGAGAGAGUUUGGUUGCACAAUCAUGACCGACGGUUGGACCAACAUUAGGGGUCAUACAUUGUGCAAAUACCUUGUCGGGACAAAUUUGGAGGCAGCUUAUGUGGCCACCGACGUCAUGCACGGGAAGAAGGACGCCACUGCCCUUGCGACCGCGUGGCUGAAGAGGGUGAAGUCCAUGGACGUGGACUUGAGCGACAUCACGGCGUUCGUGACGGACUCCGCCGGGGUAAACGUCGCAGCAAUGGAGGUUUUCCAGAAGGACGAGAGCGUCAAACACAUCUUCAGGAUUCCAUGCGUCGCUCAUGUGAUGGACCUCAUUCUCGAGGACAUCGGUGGGAUUGAUUGGACUCGAUUCGGCACUAACGUCAUCAUGAUGACGAGGCUAGUGGACCUGCGGGGAGAGCUCACGCAGCUUGUGGGCGACGACCAGUGGCGUGAGACUGUCUGGUCGACCAGCAAGAUCCGCAAGGACGCCGCAGAGGUCACUGCGUGUAUCGGGUCUCCUCCAUGGGGGGAGGAUUUGAGAGCUUUGUGCAAGAUGCUGGAGCCUAUCAUGGAUAUGUUGAGGCUAGUCGAUAGUGACACACGCCAGAUAAGCAAGAUUUUGCGUCGUUACGAGGUUAUGAUCGCAUCUUGCUUGUCUGCGUGCCGCGACCUCGAUCGGGAGCAGCAUGACGCUAUUUUGGAGGUGUUCGACAGGAGGCGCGCCAUGUUCCGAACACCCGUCCACAGAGCAGCCAUGUUGCUGGAUCUCGAGUUCCGAGACCCGACGCUUAACGACGACCAGGAGGUGCAGCAGGGAUUGAUCGAAGCCCUGGUCCAGUUCGGCUAUCCAGAGGGAUCGGUGCAGCACGAGGACGUCCUUAGGGUGGUAUUAAAGUUCCAUACAAAGGAGCCUCCUUUCGAUGAUGUCAACAUGCGACCCGAUUUUUUCGGGAACUGGGUGCAUUACUGGCAGGCUGUGGAGGAGGAGGUGGCAGUGGACCAGCAGCUCGUCAGAGGUAGUGGUGCACUGGCGAGGGUGACUGAGGAGGAGUUGGCUCACACCAGAGAGAGGAUGCGCAUCGUUUCCCGCAUGGGAGCCAUGCAUCGGGUGGCGGAGUCCGACAGAAGGCGGCGCAGGGGCGGAGCAGGUGGACGUGGCGGGCGUGGGCGAGCAGGUGUCGGAGGAACGAGGCGUGGUGGCAGGACUGCUGCAUCUAGGACUCGUCGACAGCGGGCGGACGGUUUCAUCCGCAAGGCCCGCCAGCAUUGGGAUGAGGGAGACUUCUUGUUCGACAGCUCAUCCAGCGACGACGACGAUUUCUUUACAUUGGGGACGCCCUCGCCUACGGACGAUGAGAGAGCCGACGGCGACGACAGAGGUGAUGGCGGAGGUGGUGGCAGAAGAGGUGGCGGAGGAGGUGGCAGAGGAGGUGGCGGAGGAGGUGGUGGCGGUGGAGGUGGCGGAGGAGGUGGCGGAGGCGACGACAUAGGUGUCGGAGGAGGUGGCGGAGGAGGUGGUGGAGGAGGUGGCGGAGGAGGUGGCAGAGGAGGUGGCGGAGGCGACGACAGAGGUGGCGAAAGAGGUGGCAAAGGAGGUGGCGGAGGCGACGACAGAGGUGCCGGAGGAGGUGGUGGGGAUGGAGGAGGUGCCGGAGGAGGUGGCGGGGACGAGGGAGGUGACGACAGAGGUCACGGAGGAGUUGGCGGCGACGAGGGAGGUGACGACAGAGUUGAGGGGUGUGAGGGUGACUUUCCUGUGCGUGGUCGUGGGUUCUUCUUGAAGCGGUUGAGACACGGGCCCAGGCAGGAUAGCAGCAUCGGCUCUCGUGUGCGCAGGCGUCGUCUUGAGACUCUUCACGAUGCGACCGCUACGGACGCACGUGUUGCGCAGCACGAGCAGGUUCUCGUGUCUGAGGACUCCCUGGGCGACACAUCGGACAAGGACUUCAUUCCUCAGACUUCCGACGUAAGGGGCGCGGACUCCGCGGAGCAUCAACCCGGUUUCGUCAAUUGCCCGACCAAGUCUGCAGCGGCGAUUUCAGCGCAGGAGGAGAGUGGAGCAGGGUUGACUUGUCCCAAGCUUGCGGCGCCCAUUGCAGAUACUGCGCUCGAGGAGGGGGUCAGUGAUGGGAAGACAAUUCCCCACGGGGCACCCAGCGUCGCGGUCCCCUCCAUAGGCGAGGUAGCACAUCCUCCCACGGUUGACGUUGGUUUGGAGGACGGAGAGGUAGCACAUCCUCUCACGGUUGACAUUGGUUUGGAGGACGGAGAGGUUGCACGUACUCCCAGUUGUGCCCAUGAGGGAGAGGUGUCACGUCCUGCCACGGUCAACCACGUUGGCCUCGCCUGCCCCGCUGACAGUCUUCCGCCCACUGCGGAGUUGCUCGCCAUGGAGUCCGCGUUGUAUGAUUUGCCUGACGUAUCGACUUUGAUUUUUCCCACUUUGACAUUUGUGGCACCACCAGCGACUGGUCGAGCGGAUGAUGCAGAUGGAGUACGUAGAGGAUUCGACCAGUUCGCCGCCGACACGAUAUUGCAUCCCGCAGUCUCCGCCACUCCCGCCGUUUUUCAUGUUGGGGCACCGCACGCGGUGGACCAGGGUUUGGCGCAGCAGGUGGCACGGAACCGCCGUGGAGGCCCUCGCGUCGCGGCGCAACGCUGUUUAAGAGAUUCAUUUGAGAGAUUGGAUGCAGAGUAUGUGGCGCAGGAGGGUCAUUGUGCACAGGAUUCCGCACCCGAUGGGUCAUCAUUCUCGGUAGUCUCUCAGGCAGACCCGCACCCAGGCCCGCCACGUUCAGUGCAGGAGACGGUUCCCGACGUUGUCGCCGUGGACGUGGACGAGGAAAUGCGCACGGAUGGUAGCGUGCCUGCUCGCAGCACUGGGUCGCAAUACGAGCAUAAAGGGUCAUCGGCCGCACAGCCUGUCGCUGAGGGGGCCAUCGCGCGUGGUGUCGAAGGCGAGCAUAGGGAUCACGCGCCUCCGCACCCCCAUGGCGUAGACCCUGCCGUCCACGGUGUGGCGGCGAGCACCGCAUUGCCGACGGUGUCGUUCUACGACGGCGUGACCAGGGACCGGAGGGCGGGCGAUGAGGGACAUGCAUCAGCAUGCGGACUGACAAAUGUGCGUGCGGGGAUGCGAUCCAUAGGCCUCGUCGAUGGUGGUUGUCACGACUCCAUGAGAGCAUACGAGGAGCGACAUGGGAGGCCUUUGCGGGCCAAGACAACGGAUGUCCACUACACGAGGAGGGCGACCGCAAGGUUAUCCCGGGCGAGGAAGAAGGGGACAGGUGCAUCGACUCGGAUUCCAUAUCACCGUCGCCGUCCACCACCAACUUUUCACGCCAGAGCUCCGGCCACACAGAUUCCGACGACUGGCGGGGAAGUGGCGGACGGGGGGACAGUCCAAUGCCGUUCAGGGCGAGUCGAGAAGAGACGAGGCGAUGUGGUGAUCUACCAUGAUGACAGCUUCACAGUCGCGGAGGCUGGCGAGACCACAGACGCCGACGAUCCAGGUAUGGCUGUUUGCAGAAUUUCUUGUGGUGAUGCUCCCAAACAUCUAUCGCAAAGGUGUCGGGGACACCGGAUCUCCGACGUGCUGAUGAAGAAGGGGAAGAUUUCAGAGGUCGAGCGCUGUACUAUCUUCAUCGGACACUUGUCUAAAGGCAGACAAAAGAGUAUACUUAGAGAUCUUCCACGCAACAGGCUUGAUUUCCCAGAGGUUCUAAAGCUCGCGAUAAAGGCAGAGGCAGACGAUUACAAGGACUUGGUGUGGAGAGGGAUGAGGAGACGUGACUUCUCUCUCUACAAGGAGUAUGUCACUGGUAGAUGUCCUGAUUUCAAGGAUUAUCCCUGGUCGGAGAAAAAUGAGGUCGUGGCUGAGGAAGUGAAGGAGAUAUGGGACAUGGUGAAGGGAUUGACGAGACAGGUUACAGAGAAUGUGACCACUACAGGGGCCAUAGCCUACCGGGACAAACCUGACGGGCCCUAUUCACUUCGCUGGGACCGUAGGAACAACGAUCCCUGGAGGAGUGUCGAGGAUAGAAAUCCUCGGACGCUGACUGAUUAUCAUACGAGAGGAAGAGAGAGAGACGAUGAGCCAUGGCGACGUAGGGACGAUGAGAUAAAUGGAGACCGCAGAGAUCGCGAACCGUUUGUGCAAGCAAGGAGGCUGGAUGAUUACCCGCGAACCCCUCGCUAUGAGGCCGAUCGGGGGCGGUAUGAGCAAGGAGGGUUUGGAGGAGACCGACGCAACGAUCCGCGCGGUCGGAAUAAGAGAGGGGGAUAUAACGUCUCAUUAGAACCAUAUCCCCAGUCGCCUGAGCCCAAGGCGGCCAGGAGUUCGAUCUCUAGAGGCGCAGACGACAGGGCAUCUACUCCCCGGAACUCAUGCGUUUACUACAGAGGAGAAGAUCAUAUCAAGAGGGAUUGCCCGGACCUCAAACGGGCAAUAGAUGAGGGACUUGUCGUGCUUGACGACCGCAAGUACGUCAAGUGGGCAGAUGGUCUGGGAGAUGUAUCGAUGUUCCCUUCGAUGAAGGAGAAUGUCGAAGCGAGAAGAGUAAAGCCGAGUAAGGAAAAGGAGCCGGUCAGGAGCCAGAGUAUCAAGAUAACCUUUGAGGGGGAUAUGGCGACCACACCCAUAAGGGUGGCAGCCACCAAGUCGGCGAGAGGGUCUACAUCGAAGAAGACUGACACGGAUUACGUGAUGACGGAGAAGGACGGGCAGUGGGUCGAUGGAGAGGAGGUUAUCCUUUCGUCGCGAAAGAGGGGAGUGAAGAAGUUCUUAAUGAAGAGUUCGCUGGACGAGAUUGACACGGUCGAGUCACUGAGGCGGGCUCUUCGGCAACCCAUGCAGUGCUCUAUUUUAGAGUACCUGGCGGCAUCGAAGCCGGCUCGUGAUGAAUUACAGAUGAUCACGCGGAAGACUCGCAUACCUCUAUCAGAGGAGGGUCAGGGGGCCCCUAAGGCGGAAGCUUCUACAGUAGCAGUAACGGGGGUGACUGCCAGAGCGGAUCGCAUGGCGACAGUCCUUUUCGAUGGAAGGGAAGGUGUGCCUCCAGACAAGUUUUAUAUACUUGGUAGCGGGACCGUGGAGACGAUUAUAAACGAUGGAGCGGUACUCGAUGCUGUGAUCAAUAACGGCAGUGAGGCUGUCUUCAUAGACGAGGACCUGGCAGUACAGGUUGGACUGGGCCCCGAUAGGUCAUACCUAUUCGAGAUAGAGACGGCUGAUGGGAGAAAGCAAAAGAUCACUGGGGUUUGUCACAAGGCAGCUAUAGAGGUCCAAGGGGUACGAGUGACCCUGCCUGUUUUUGCAGUCAAGAACUGCAGCUCCGACCUGCUCUUGGGUCGAACGUGGCUGAGCCACGUGCAUGCGGUGACGAUAGAGCGACCUGAUUGGAGCCAAACAUUGUCCAUUAGGAAGCCAGACGGGACACGGGUAAUGAUUGAGACAGUGGAGCCUCGGGACCCGAGGAACAGAGCAGCUCUCGCUGUGGGUGCAAGACCCGGUGAUCACAUUAAGUCGUUACCUAUUUCCGACCGCGCGGUGCGAUUUCGCGAGAAGAGAUAUGGACCACUGCUCACAGAGGAAAAAGGUCGGAUCGUGGAGGUGGAAGAUUAAGGGAGUCGGCUAAUAGUGGA